GGUCUCCUUUCGACGAUCAUAGCUGCAUGUUUUCACUCAAAGCACCGAAGGGUUACCCUGUCGGUGCGACGACCUUCCUGGCACCCCUUCCUUCCCCCAUUCGUUUUGGCUCUGUGAGAAUUAAGGGUUCCGAAGAACGUGGCCUUCCGUUGGAAGAGGUAGCUUUUACCGCAUAUUAUCCUGCCCAGAUUGACUCAAGUUCGAGGAGGGGACUUGAUUGGAUUACGAGGUUCGUUCGUACAGUAUAUUCGGUGAUUUUAAAUUACGCUAUGCAUCAGGCCGCUUAGAUUGGCUGUAGAAGGCAUCGCUCGGUUUUUAGGGUUCGAAUCUUCGGUCAUGACAUGGAGCAUCCUGGCACCAUUGGUCUAUUUAUGCGGUCGACUCAUCAAGAUUCCAGUGUAUCCUAACGUCCCGCUUUUACGCCCCACUAAAGCAUCACAGACACAUUGGCCACUGGUAAUCUUCUCGCACGGAUUGGGGGGGAGUCGCACCGCCUAUAGUCAGAUUUGUUCUCGGAUCGCCGCCUCUGGGAGAGUAGUCCUCGCAAUCGAACAUCGAGACGGAACCAGUCCCGCUUGUCAAACACGUUCAUGGGAUGCCGGCCAAAGCAUCACAAAACCUAUUUUGUAUAUUCGCCAGGGUGAUGUCAGCUGCGACGAAGAGAGAGAGGAGCCGUUUCCCCUUCGGGCUGACCAGUUGCUGAUACGACGUUAUGAAAUAUAUCACACAUUUAAGACCUUUUCAUGCCUCUUGACUGGGGAACCCGACCACCGACUGGCGAUUGCGGGCGAAAACGGGAAAUUCCGCGCAGAGGAUUGGACGGAAAUAAACGGUAGAGAGAUCACCGUGCGUCUGGCAGACGUUUGUUUGGCCGGUCACUCCUUUGGAGGAUGCACAGUGUUCUCAAUCCUUUCCUCGAAGCCGCCUCCUGGAUACCCUCCCCUUCCAUGCAGGCAUGCCUUGAUAUAUGACCCAUGGCUGGAUCCUUUCCCCACUCCUGGUCCAAUACAGGAGGCGUUACCAGUAGAAUGUAAUCCAGAACAAACUAAUGCAGAUUUACCUCGAAUGUUGGUCAUAAACUCGGAGCCUUUUACUUUAUGGAAGGACCACUUCCAUCAAUUGCAGACGGCGGUACGCAAGUGGGGCCGCCAGGCAAGGUUAAUCACUCUAAUUCGCUCCGUACAUUAUGAUUUUUCGGACUUCUCCUGGUUACCCUUUUUACGCAAAAAAUCCAAGAACGUUCUUCUAGAACAUAUCGAAGGAUUGUCGAUAUCAUUCUUGGAUGGAACGAUAGAAGAGACGCUGGAGCAGAUGCAAACGCGUAGCUUUGAUGUUCAAGUUGUUGGCAAGAAAAAGGAUGGUCGACCGAAACGUCAGAUUACUGGAGAGCUAGGGGAUAUAAUCAUACAUUGAUAUUUAUAGACACGUACUGUAUAUAUGUAGUGAAUAUUAGUAGACUAGAGAGGUAGCAAAGUUUUGCAGAACGGAAGGCGAGUCCUGACGGAGAAUAUCAGUGGGGCGC